UCUAAGCACACAAURCAUUGGUAAGACGAAUAAUAUUCGCACAAACAAUGAAUGAGACAUACAACACACCUAAGUCACAGGUUAUAAACACAAUGAUAGAUGCUAAGAACAUUCAGUGCCCCAAGAGUAGCACGAGGCGUAGGCGAGUUUGUAUUGUUACAGCGGAAAAUAUUCGAAUCCAGAUAGCUUAUCUAUCACAAUUACGUUUUUUUAUCGUAUGUUAUUAAGUUUUGUUAGGUUAUCUGCCUGUUUUUUAGUCCAGCAAUUGUUUUCAUAUAGUUCAAAUCAAAUACCUUGAUUUCUUCUCYUCUCUGUCGGUAAUUUGUUGACAACCCAAAACGUAGUAGUCUAUCGCUAGAAUUCGUUCCCAUUAUCAGAUUUUACUAUACUAAGCACGCUGUUGUUUAAUCGGACUUUGAGUCGUGCCAUCUAAAUUUCGUGAGAUAGAAAGAUUUCCAGUACUCGGUAAAUCUAACCUGAAGUUCGCUAUCAAGGAAUUCACUUCUCUUCCAUCGCCCCUCUUCCUUCGCCAUCAAACGAUAAGGCCUAAGUCUAAUUGAGAUUCUUGUUGAAUUUGACAUUUUGUAUCGUGUUAUUCAYUUUUUUGCGAAUAGAAAAACUAUGCUUCAACAACGUGAAAAGCUUUUCUUGCCGGCUUCAGCAUCUCAAUGAUCAAUUGUGACGUCAAAUUCGCGUGAUAGUCAUUAUAUUUGAAAUGCGCGCUCAAAAGGUGAAAAAAUAUCAUCAAUUUCCAGACAUUCAUACUUUUUAUGGUUUARCUUGUGUUUUGUAAAGUACCUUAGAAUAUUUUUUGGUAUCUUUUAUAUAAAGCACUGCGAAAAAAUAAAAUAUGAAAGAAACUCAAAUAUCGAGCUUGGUGGGCUUCCUGUGGUCUCGGCCCAUUCUCCCCGAGCGAACUUCCAUGACAACAACAAGAUUUCAUGCGGUGUGCCGCAGUGGAGAGCACGAUUCUUCUGCCAGAUUGUCGACAUUUGUUCGCUUUUUCUUGGCAGAGAUGGGUAACUAUAGCUCAAACGAGAUCAAAGGAGCUGGUAAAGAUGUUAUUGAACAAACAGAAGAAAGCUCGCACCCUUUAUACCAGUAUCUUGAUCUCAAAAGUGAUGGUUCCCUAAUGAAAGCCUUCAGAAAAUCGCAGGCCACUAAAGAUUACGACGAAGUCGAUGGAAUUAUUCGGAACGAGCUUAAAAGAUUUCUUUACAACAAUGGCAAUGGAAAGAUGGUAGCUAUAGACGAUCUUGUACAGAAGAGAAAAGAAUCGAGGCAAACUAGCACGAAAUCCAGAAGUUCCUUCCUUGGAAAGUUCUCAAAACCCAAGAAAACUUUCUUGGCUAAUAGUGAAAUUGAAUUGAUUAAUAAAAGCUUUAGUUUGGAUUCGAUWGAUUAUGACGUAGCUAAUGAAUGUGCAUAUCGUCAAGUUUGCUGGGAUAUUGACAGCCGUGGAGCUGUGGGCGAGUCUCUAUUGCUGYUAUGCUUUCUUAAUGCUACCAAAUCUAAUUAUGAUUUGGCUAAAAGACUGCUAUCAAUUUACCCAUGUAUGGUUAACGAUAUCUAUCUCAAUGAUGAAUAUUAUGGUGAAAACUGUCUGCACAUGGCAAUAGUCAAUGAAAACCUAGAGAUGGUUCACUUUCUGUGUAAGAAUGGUAUCAAUAUUCAUGAAAGGGCGUAUGGAGCUUUCUUUUGUCCAGAAGACCAGAAGGAUGACAGAGAAGAUAAUGAGAACUUGGAGACUAUUAACUUAAAUAGCGAAACAAACUACCAAAGCAAUACAUACUGGGGAGAAUAUCCACUGUCAUUUGCUGCUUGUCUUGGCCAGAAAGACACUGUYAUGUACCUGUUAAGCAGAAAGGCUUGUCCUAAUAAACGAGACACUAAUGGCAACACAGUGCUCCAUAUGGUGGUGAUUCAUGAUAGGCCGGAUAUGUAUGACCUUCUCUUAGACUAUGGAUGCUAUUGCACUUGCUGUUCAGAAAUCAAAGUAGAUGUUAAGAAUGCAAGAGGWUUAACACCAUUAGCACUAGCAGCCAAGUUGGCUAACAAGGAGAUCUUUCAACAUAUGGUAAAUAGGACUUCAGAGGUAUUUUGGGAAUAUGGUGGAGUUUCUUGUGCUGCAUUUCCCUUACAUGACUUGGACACUACUGAUAAAGAGGGAAAUGUCUUAGAGACAUCAGCUCUGAAUAUCAUUGUCCAUGAGGAUUCACCAAUGCAUUUAGAACUAUUAGAUGGAAUUAUUCACAAUAUUUUAAAUCAUAAGUGGAAAAAAGGCUGUCGAUUCAGAUUUUUUCAGUUGUUUUUUCUUUACCUGAUAUACCUGGUCAUCAUUGGUAUUGCUCUGGCAUUGCGACCUCCCAUGCAAUUACCCUGUGAAGAUCAAAUACAAGUAUCRAAUGCUUCUGUUGCGGAUAAUGUUACAACAACCAAACAGUGCGAUUCCUGUUACCUUAGAAAUGCAGUUUAUGAAUCUCCAUCGCAAACGGCCCGUGGGGUAUUUGAAGUACUGGCCAAUCUGUGGGCUAUCUCAUUUCUUAUAUUYAUUGUAGUGGAGAUGGUCUCUCAAGGGUUUAGAACUGUUGGCUUAGGGCUGGUUUAUAAUCCWAUCCGGGGUUUGUUUGCAYUGUCUUGUGCUCUYGUUCCUGUAUGUUUGAUUUCAAGAUUUUUAUGUUUGCCRACCWUGGAAGAUUAUUUGACAAUAACAUCUUUGAUGCUUGCUUGGCCUUAUGCUCUGAUGUUUUGCAAGGGGUUUGCACUCACUGGACCAUAUGUGGUAAUGAUCUACCAAAUGCUGAAAAAAGAUUUUAUUAUUUUCUUCAUUAUCUACAUGGUGUUUGUGAUUGGUUUCUCUCAAGCAAUGUUCUUGGUAUCUCUUGGUUACAUCGAUUCUUCAGUUAAGGAUCACAUGUUUUCGCGAUGGUUUUCGUCAGGUCUUGGGUUAAUCAUUAUGUCUCUUGGUGAAUUUGGGGAUUUGAAUGAGCAGUUAAUGGAAUCCAAUUCACCUUUUAAGACAAUCGGUUUGGUGAUGUUUUUUACUUUUAUGAUACUCGGUGCUUUGUUAAUUGUCAAUAUGUUGAUUGCUAUGAUGGGGAAUACCUAUACUGCAGUAGAAAGUACAGAAAAAGAAUGGACGCGACAGUGGGGGAGAAUUGUGCUUAAUAUUGARCGAAUGUUCUCACCAAGACAGAAACUGAAAUUACAACAAAGCUACUCAGAACCAUAUGGCUCGAAUAAUGGCCGCGCUUUGAUCAUGAGACUACGAAAUAAUAACAAGGUAGAUAGUUAGUUUGAAUCUUUUAAGGCAUUGUGACUGUAAUAUGUUCCAUCUAUGCUCUUUGUCAUUGUCCUACUUCACCACACCACACCACACCACACCUUUCCACCCCUCACCGCACCUAACCACACCAUACCACACCACACCUUCCAUUCACCAAAGGUCUAAGGACAAACUAAAGAUAUUCUUAAUGGUUGAAAAAUUCAUGCAUCCUCAUCAAUCAAUCACUAACUAUUUUUUGCCUUAAUAUGAUUGAUUAUUAUGUCUGUCUUGUUUCGCUAUUAAGCAAUGAAGCUUGAACCGGUUUACUGGCGAAAUGGUUUAUAAUAAACCUGAGGGUUCGUGAUUUACUGAUCUUUUCUCGUCUUCUCCCAACCAUACCGUGCGGUUUAU